AUUAAUAAAAGUUACUUAUUAGAAGGAAAAAAGUAAAUUGAUUCGAGUAAUCGCUUUUUUUAUCAGUAGAAUAAACAUUUUUCUGUGUGAAGACCAAAUUAAAUCGAGAUUAAAGUUAAUAUAUUAGUGGAAAUGGUAUAAAAUCCGGUAUAAACAGGGUGUCCGAAAAUUCACGCAUUCGGAGUACAAGACGUAACACUUCGUCCUAAAUAAAAAAAAAACUACUUUUUCUUUCAGCAAAAUUGCAUUUGACAGUCAGUUUUCGUGGGAGAAAGGAAGACAGGUUAAAGUACGAACGUUCGUUAUUGUACAAAUGACGGAAUGAGACGGACGAAUGUACGGGGUAUUCCGAACGCGCGCGACGAGCGCUCCGACGAUGACGUGGUACGGAGACAGAGCGGUUGCAACAAACUGACCUAAUCAGGCGACAUUAAUUCCCACGUUAGAAAAUGCAACAUCUCGCUGCACUGUCACUUGUUCACCAGCGAGCGCUGUUAUAACGCAGAUAAACACAUCCGCGUCGUGUCAUGUGGGAAGGGAGCACAACGUACAGACAGGCACACGAGGGAUGAAAUUGGAGCGGGAUGCCGCUCCGAAUUUCAAUUUCGACAAACGGGAAGAAAAGAUAUUCCAACCUUUGUCCUUCGGACUUUUUACCUUUUUAUCUUUCGAACAGGUACUCUUAGUGGGGCGCAGUCGAUCUACAGAGAGAGGAGGAGGAAUUUCGAGAAUAUUCCAAGAGGUACCUAGCAGAAUAUUUUUCCCGAAGUGGUGGCCAGUGGGAACGACGAUCCUGACGACGGGCGAACCUGCCCGUGGCGCAAACGAGAGGACACUGGCGGAGUUUCUCCUCCCGGCGGGGAGGCCGCGGUCGCCGCGUGUCCUGGGGACGCGUGUUUACCCACGACUCCAGAAGGAGACCCCACCCUCCCUCGGGUUUGACACGGCGACGACGCGCAUAGGCAACCUGUGCGUGCGACGGAGGAGCGGCGAGGAAUCCUCUCGCAUCUCAACGGCGAGGAGGAAGGACAUCGGCGGGCGGGGGAGAGGGACCGCGUGGACCGCAACUUGUCAGGUGUAGUGUUGCGCGAAACGCAAUAUUUACUCACGGUAUGCGCGCGUUCACCAGGUGAUAUCGAGCUCCAGGAUGGCCGGCCGGACGACUUCCCCGGAUACCGCGCGAUCGUCGCGUCGCGACGCACCACGUUCGCUCCGAUCACGGCGAUCCCAGGGCGGUCGGCUCCGCGAGUCUCUCUUCUCUCCACGCGCGACUACACGCAAUAACACCCGUCAAACGUGACACACCUCCGCCAUGUUGCCACGGCGACGCCGGCGCCGCCCGACGGCGCGGCGGCGAAGCUGCGGCCGCGAAGACCGCCAGCUUCGAACACUCGCUUACGUAUCGUCUGUUCUUUGUAGAUGCACUAAUAUUAAUAUAUAUCUAUAUGUUGUAUGUAUAUAUUUUCUUAUGUAUAAAAUAUAAAUAAUAAAAUAAAAUUUAUACAAACGAUGGGACACCGGAGGAAAAUAAUAAAUAGAAAAAAUUCAACCGUGGAGAACAAGCCUCGCGAGUCCACUUUGCACAAUCUGCAAUCAGUAUCAAAUUUCACAACAGAAUUCUAGAUAUUUUCAAUUUUAUACUGUAUAUAAUUUAAUAUGUAAGUACAACGUUAUGAAGAAUAGAUUAAAUCAUUGACAUAUUAUAGGCAAUAAGUUAGAAUAAUGAGACAAAUAUAUUUUUUCAACAGUGCAGCGACAAAGUACAGGCCUUAUACGGAGUAUAGUUAAAGCCAUUUUGACAGACGUAAAAAGAAAAAACAAGUAAAUUUUUAUUCGAUUACUUUAGUUAAAAGAAAACUUAACCAAUUAAUUAUACAAAAUCGUUUAAGAAUUAAUUUCAUUCAUUGAAUACAUUAAUCAUGUUUAUACAUAUAUUUUAAUUUAUUAACACAUUAAAAAUAAAUAAAAUCAAAAUUUUGUUAUAAAAAGUAAUAACAAAUCGUUAUAUUCUUUCUAAAUGACAUAAAUAUAACGCGCGCGUUAUACUUUUACAAAGUUAAUAUCAGUUCUCAAUCCUGAGUUUACUUAACAAAUUACACUGUAUGUAAAAGGAAUAACGAUCAAGAAAACCGACUGUUGGACAAUCGUUUGAAAAAGAAUAAAAAAUACAAAAGUAGGCAAGAUUCGAGGGUUUUUUGCGAAGUGUUUCGCGAUUGCUGUACAUAUUCUUGGCUACCUUCGAUGACGAUGUUCGCCGAAAGGUUAGUACAUGGAAACGGAAUUGCUCGAGAAUCUCGAGAUUAGUAGAUCGACCGGAUCGACGUCGCUGUGUGUGUUUAUAGAACGCGCGGGGGCACGUGGUUGCACGAUUGAGACACCACGUGGGUAUCACGUAUCCGACGGACUAACUGAUCAACGCAUUUGUUUGAUGAAAUCACGUCGAUUACACGAAUUUUGGACCCCCGAAUCAUUUGUCAUUCUGGAGACACGAGAUAUCGAAUUGGGAAUUGGGAUCCAGGCAAAGAGGUUAGGUGGCCAGCGGUCAAGCGGAAUCACUUUUCGCGAUUUUCUGAAUGGAAUUUAGCGAAAACACGUAUUAUUGUUGCUUGUCGUUUUCUAGGGUUUUAUUUUCGUGAUCUUAUGCUUAAGCGAAUUGAUGAGAUUGUGUGUUACAUGAUUGACGUAAUUUUACAAUUUAAAUGUGAGGAAAAAAACUGUAGUUUUAAGCAAGCUUAAGGAAAUUUCUACCGUAAGGUGUUACGUAUUAUGUAACGGGAAGAAAAAGAAGUUUAUAAGGUUUUUAUGUUAAGUCCAACGGUAACUGCGGGAAGACUAUGGCAGACCAGGCAAUGUUCUCGGAGCACGUGUACAGCAGCGAAUUUCAAGAAGAAUUUAAGAAACACUGGCACUCCCAAAGCAAUUUUAAGAGUACGAACCUGGAAAUCAUAACGAAACCCUUUAAAGUGUGCAGGAUAUCGAAUUUCUUGAGAGAUGAAAAGAUCAUAGAUGAUUUAAAGGACGAAUUGGAGUGUCACAGUCAUAAACGUAACGCCCUCGAUCUUUACCAGUUCGAGAAGACCGAAGAUCUGUUGCUUGCCAGUGACACCUGCGUCCGAAUGCUGAACAGAUCGUUCCGAGAAGAUCUGACGUCGUGGAUGAGCAACAAUACAAACAUCAAGCUGAACGGGAGAGUCUCAAUGUCGAGCGCCCGCUACUACGAUACGGACUAUCUGCUCUGCCACGAUGACAACAUGGGUGACAGAAGAAUCGCUUACAUCCUCUAUCUGACCAAGGAUUGGAUGGAGGAGGACGGUGGCGCCUUGGAUCUCUUCGACACAGACGAGAACGGCUCGCCCAGGGAGGUGGUGAGAUCACUGAUUCCCGAAUACAACUCGCUUGUGUUCUUUGAGGUAGUGGACAACUCGUACCAUCGAGUGGCCGAGGUGCUGACGGACGACAAGUGUAGGUGGUCGAUCAAUGGUUGGUUCCACGGCCCGUUGAAAGAGGCUUUCCACAAGUCCCCAAGACGCGAGCCGCCAAAAAUUCUCACGCCACCGUGUUCCACCGAGAUGGACCUGCGCGCCUGGGUCACCAAUGAUUAUUUAAUACCCGACGUAAUGGAGCAGAUUCAGGAGGACGUCGAGGCGUCGUCUUACACGUUUCUCAAAGGGUUUCUGAAGGAGUCCGUGUAUCGGCAGGUCGCGAGUGAUUUGACGUCGCAGGACAUCAGCUGGCGGGUAAUUGGCCCGCCGGACAUGCGCCGCUACGAGGUAGCCGACGAGCAAACGCUGCCGAGGCUGUUGGGCGAUUUCUGUGAUCUAUUCAAAUCUGUCUCGUUUUUCCGAUUGCUGAAGAAAUACACGGGGCUCGACCUAGCACCCACGAAAACCAAGAGGCCCAAGAUGACGCUGGAAUUGCAGAGGUGGUCGUCAGGCUGCUAUACGUUGUUAUAUGAUCGAUCGUUGCUAAAAGGCACUUUGGACGUAUCGAAGAUUGAUCGACCUGACAAGGAUGACGCUGCGGAUGCUCAUGCGUCAACCUCGGAUUUUCCAACUGGAAAAACCGACCUAAACGCAGAUGAACCGCGCCAAGAAUUGAAGAGGAAACGAGUCGACGAUUCUCCUUCCCCAGCGAGUUUGCCUGACAGGAAAAAGGUGGCCGGAUAUCUCGACGGCCAGUCAGACGUUGGUAUGCAAUCCUCGAGCAAGCACAGGCGUGGCACGGACGUGAGUGAAGCUUCCUCGUCUGAAGACGAGAAGUUGUUUCGUGGCGGUACCUCGACCAGUGACAGCGAGGAUGAUUCUGCAAGUAAGGAUGACGAAUUCCUGCUCGACGUGAUAAUACAGUUUCACACCCAAGAUACCAAAGGUAUACCGAAGACGGAAGACACGAUAGAUUUCGUGGAUCCUUGCGAGCAGGAAGGUAUUCUGAUUCAGGUUCCGACGCGAGAUAAUCAUCUUUGUAUAGUCUAUAGAUCAUUCAUGAUAUGCCGUCUUCAUAAAUAUCUGAAUCAUCUUUAUGAUGGUUAUUCUUAUACCUUCAUAUGUACAUAUUACGAAUAAUCUAGCAUGAUUCUUCAAUUAUAUCAAAAUACUGGUCUGUUAAAAGAAAAA